AUGACGCACCGAGCCGCUCCAGUCGGUCUGUGCGUCAUCCCGGACCGCCUCCCAACCGCCCGCCUCGUCGCAGCAGACCUGACAGACGAGACUAUGUCCUCCCGGCCCGCCUCCCCCGCCUCAGGGAGCUCUCUGCUCCUCCGCCUCGCCCCCCUCCUCCUGCCGCUGCUCCUCAGCUCUCUGGACAGCGCCGAGGGGGCCUCGUUUAGGGACUACCGACUGAGGGGCAGCAAGCCCCCCAGGGAGCCCCCCCACCGGGGCCCAGACCAGGACAUGCUGAAAGCCCUGCGACACAUCGAGAACCUCCGCCACCGGAGUGGCAGGCCGCCCUCCCUGCGGCUCCAGAAGCCCCCCCACGGGGCCCCGGGCUACGACGGGGGCCUGCUGGACAACGCUCAGGCCCUCAGGGCCAUGCUGACCCUGAGGGCCCUGGAGCAGGGCCCGAAGGAAGAGGAGGAGUUGGAGGGGGAGGAGAACCCAGAGCAGGGGGACAAGACCCAGGAGUGGUUCCAGGCAGUGCUGCGCGCCCUGGAGCGUACGGGGCCCGCCAACACGGCCCACCAGCCGGCGUGGGGCCGAGGCCCGGGGCUCAGGCUGGGCGAGAGGGCUGCCGCGUCGCAAGAGGCCACACGCAUGAUGUUUGAGGAGGAGGACGGCGAGAAGGGAAAAGAGGAGGAGGGGACAUACGAAGAGCAGGAGGCUGCCGCUGAGGAGGGGAAAGGUGACGAGCGAGGCAACCCCCUUGUCCGGCCCACAGGCGAGGGCGUGGGGGAGAAGUACACGCCGCAGAAGCUGGCCACGCUGCAGUCAAUCUUCGACGAGGUGGAGAGGCUUGCCACUGGGGGGAAGGAAGAGGAGGAGAAGGGGGGGGUCGGGGAGGAAGGUCAACAGAAGGAGAACCUCAACAUGAGGAGUCUGGCGUACGACAAGGUGGCCAGAGGGCUGGUUGACUGGGGGGAGGAGGAGGUGGAGGGAGACGAGGAGGAGGAGGAGGAGCAGCGGGGCAGCAAACCCCAGGCCGACCAGGUCCUGGACUACGGCGAUGACGGAGAGGACGAAGACAUCGAUGUUGAGGAGGAGGAUGGAGAAGAUCUCUCGGCUAGAAGGUCCAUCAACCCCCAACCUACAGAAGACGCAGAGGACAUGGCCAACCUGGUGGACUACUACCUUCUAAAGGUGCUGGAGAAAACUGAGGAGGAGGAUAAAAGAGAAAUAGAGGAGGAGCAGAAAGAGAGGGCAGAGAGGAAGGUUUCUCAGUUUCAAUACUGGGACAACAGAAGCCCACAACAGGACAUGCACCAGCUCCUCAGACUCUCCCAGAAGUACCACAUACCCCCUGAGGAGCUGCUGGCCCUGUUCCAGGCCGAGGACAGGAGCAAGCCGAGGAGCCAAACCACCCCGCCUCAGAGCAGCGGGCUGGCCAGGUCGCACAACAGAAUCUUCAAGAAACAGCCUAGCCUUGGAUCCAAGCAGAACAACAGGUACCGCACUCCCGAACGGCCAAGCAGUUACAAGGCGAAAGACGCGAGGACGCUGGAGAUCCUGAGCCUCCUGGGGUUAGGGAGCACAGGGGGCCCAGGGCCCCUAAAGAGGCCCCCGCCGUACCAAGUCUCACAGCCACAAUUUCAGCCCCAGCCGAGGAGGCAGGAGAAGUACACCCCGGCACAGAGCCCUGGAACACCCAACAAACUAAAGGAGAACUACGACGACAACGUAGGCGAGGACGAACUGGCGGCGUACAUGGCAGCAAAGAUCCUGGAACAAUAUCCCGCCGCGCCGAUGUACAAAAAGACGGGCCAGAAACGAUCCGCACUGGGGUUGGUGUGGCCAGACGAGGACGAGGAGCAGGGAGGGCUGGGAUCCUUGGAGCAGGCCAUGCAGGACUACUUUGAUCAGAUUGACUCAGACAGAGCAGCACAGCAGCAGCAGAAAAGACAGUCGGAGAGGGAGGGCCCGGGCGGGGUGGCCCAGACACAGGGCCCGGACGACGAUGCGCUCAUGAGGAUGAUGACCCUCCUGACCCCCGAGGGCCAGGCCAGCCAGGAGAAAUGAUCCCCCGCGGGGCCAGGGAAUGCUCACUGGGGGCACUGUAUAUACACACACAUUAUAUAUUGUU